GCAUUCUCCAAGUCUACACAGUUUCUAAAAACAUUUCUCAGCUACCACAACCCCACUGAGUCGAUUAUAGAACAACAAAAUGAAAUAUCUCUGUGCCAUUGUUCUCUUGUGUGCUCUGAGUGCAACAUUUGUGGUUGCCGACGAUAAGUCACAGCCACCUCCUUCACAAAUUAAGGACCCCCAAGUCCGCGUCGAUGUGGGAGGCUCUCCCAAGGAUGGUUACAAUGUAAAUGCCGAUGUCCGUAAAAAUAUUUGGACCAGCGACAAUGGCAGACAUUCGUUUGAUGCCACAGCAGGUUAUGGCCAGCACUUGGGUGGACCUUAUGGCAAUAGUCGUCCUGAUUACCGUGGCGGUGGCAUUUACACCUACAGAUGGUAGAUUAAAAUAAAACAAAACUAUGUUGUUUUUCCAAAAUAA